AGCAAACAUUUUGUCCGUCGAUCAUUCUUCACAAGCACAUCUUCAGUUUUGUGUAAAUAUGGAUGGAAAGAAUUUGCAGAUGUUCCUAAAUGAGGGCUGGAAAGACCACAGUUCAAUCGGUACUGAAGUUGCUAUGGCCCUUCAACGUUCAGGAGACCCUGGAAAGCUUGUCUUGGAUGCAAUGGAGGGGUUUUACCCACCACAUUUGUGCAAGGGAGACAGAGAGUUCGAAGGAGAAGUUGCCAGAAGAAGUUGUAUUCUCUUGUUAGAGCAAUUGAUGGAACUUUCACCCGAGAUUAAGCCUCAUGUUAGAGAAAAUGCUGUAAUUCUUGCCUUUGAUUGGGAAACAAAAUUGAAAGUUGAAUCCGGCCAUGAAUUGGAGGUCUUGGGAUUCCUGUGGUUUUUAGCCUCUUUCCGAUUGGCCUAUGCAUUCGAUGCCAACAAGCUUCUCGGUGUUUUGGUGUUUGUUGCUCGACAUAUUCAAAAUACGGAAAUAUUUAAGGCUCUUGGUUUGGAAGAUAAGAUUCAUUGUUUCUUGAAAAAACUUGCUGGAAGCCAGCAGGAUAUGCAGAUAAUUAGAUAUAUGUAUGCUUUGGGACUUUUAGAGGAGGAGUCGCAGAAGAGGCCACGAUAGUUUGUAGCUGCAGAAACAGCUUCGAAGCGUCUAAAAGGAUCAAAACAAGGUAAGCAUUUCUUUGCAA